GAUCCACAUGGUGGAUUGGCGGGGUGGCGCGUCAUCCCACAAUGCAGCGCAGGGCGCGUCACUGAGCACAGAGCGAGCAUCAUGGCGGCCCCCGGUCCACCAGAAGUCAUCACACAGCUGGAAAGCGCUGCCAAAGUUUUAAUGGCCCCCCCCUCCAUGGUGAGUCCAGAGCAGCGGCAGCAUGCAGAGCACAUCUUCCUGUCCUUCAGGAAGUCCAAGUCUCCCUUCGCCGUCUGCAAACACAUCCUCGAGACCAGUAAGGUGGACUACGUUCUGUUCCAGGCAGCUACGGCUGUGAUGGAGGCGGUGGUCCGGGAGUGGGUGCUGCUGGAGAAGAGCAGCAUCGAGUCCCUUCGGACCUUCCUGCUCACCUACGUCCUGCAGAGACCCAAUCUCCAGAAGUAUGUGAGAGAGCAGGUGUUGCUUGCGGUGGCCGUCAUCGUGAAGAGAGGCUCUCUGGAUAAAUCCAUCAACUGUAAGAGUAUCUUUCAAGAGGUGGGCCAGCUCAUCACCUCCGGAAACCCCACCAUACAGACGCUGGCCUGCUCCAUCCUCAUGGCCUUACUGGGGGAGUUCUCCAGCUCCAGUAAGACCAGCAGUAUCGGGCUUAGCAUGGAGUUCCACGGCAGCUGCAAGAGAGUCUUCCAGGAAGAGGACCUGAAGCAGAUCUUCAUGCUGACCGUGGAGGUUCUGCAAGAGUUCAGUCGACAGGACAACCUCAACGCCCAGAUGUCCUCCGUCUUCCAGAAAUACCUGGCCUUGGCCAACCAGGUGCUCAGCUGGAACUUCCUGCCGCCCAAUCUAGGCAGACACUACAUGGCCAUGCUGGAGUCCACGCAGAACGUCACCCUGAAGCCGACCGAGUCGUGGAGGGAAGCCCUUCUGGACACCCGGGUCAUGGACCUCUUCUUCACAGUGCACAGGAAGAUCCGGGAGGACUCGGACAUGGCCCAGGACUCGCUGCAGUGCCUGGCCCAGCUGGCCUCCAUGCACGGGCCCGUCUUCCCCGACGAGAGCGCCCAGGUGUCCUACCUGGCCCACCUGGUGGAGGGGCUGCUCAGCAUGAUCAACGGGAUUGAGAUGGAGGACUCUGAAGCUGUGGGUAUCUCCAACAUCAUCUCUAACAUGAUCUCCAUGUUCCCCCGGAGCGUGCUCACGGCGUUGCCUAGCGACCUCUUCACCUCCUUCAUCAACUGCCUCACGCUGCUCACCUGCUCCUUCGGACGCAGCGCCGCCCUGGAGGAGGUGUUGGAUAAGGAUGACAUGGUGUACAUGGAGGCCUAUGACAGGCUGUUGGAGGCGUGGCUCACUCUGGUCCAGGAUGACGAGCACUUCCCUCGAGGCUGCUUCGUCCAGUCGGCCGUGCAGGUGUUCAACGGCUACAUCCAGUGUCACCUGGCCGCGCCCGACGGCACACGCAACCUGUCGGGCAAUGGCGUGACCUCUACCGAGGACGAGGAGAUCCAUGAGAUCCAAGAGGACGACAGGGAGCUGUUCUCAGACCAGCUGGCCAGCAUCGGUACACUGGGCCGGGUCGCUGCCGACCACUGCAUCCCCCUGCUCACAAGCCUGCUGGAGGACCGGGUGACGCGGCUCCACGGCCAGCUCCAGAGGACCCAGCAGCACCUGAUGGCCGCCAGCGACCCCGCCACCGUGGACCGCAAGGUCCUGGACGACCUCUACGAAGACAUCCACUGGCUGCUGCUCGUCUCCGGGUGCCUGUUGGCCGACGACCCCCAGGGGGAGACCCCUCUGAUCCCGGCCGAGGUGAUGGACUUCUCCAUCAGCCACUCCACGGAGGUGGACAUCAACACCACCCUCCAGAUCAUGGGGUCCCCGGGGGAGAAGGCCUCCUCCAUACCCGGCUUCGACCGCACCGACACCGUGGUCAGGCUUCUGUCUGCAGUAUUGAGGACAUCUGAGGUGGAGUCGCGGGCCACCAGGGCAAGCCUGACCACGCUGCUCAGUCCCCAGAUGGGGAAGGACAUUGUGUGGUUCCUGCGUCGCUGGGCCAAAACCUACCUGCUGGUGGACGAGAAGCUAUACCAACAGGUCAGUAUACCUCUGGUUACGGCCUUCGGUGCCGACACAGAGGGAGCCCAGUGGAUUGUGGGGUACCUGCUGGAGAAGGUGAUCAGCAACCUAUCGGUGUGGAGCUCGGAGCCGGAGCUGGCCAAUGACACGGUGGAGCUCUUGGUCACACUGGUGGAGCGGAGGGAGAGGGCCAACAUGGUGGUGCAGUGUGAGAACUGGUGGAACCUGGCAAAGCAGUUUGCGAGCCGCAGCCCGCCGCUCCACCUGCUGUCCAGCUCGGUGCAGCGCAACCUGAUGAAGGCACUGGUCCUGGGCGGCUUCGCUCACAUGGACGCCGACACCAAGCAACAGUACUGGGCUGAGGUGCUCCACCCGCUGCAGCAGCGCUUCCUCAACCUCAUCAACCAGGAGAACUUCGCCCAGAUCAGCCAGGAGACGGCGGUCCGGCAGGAGAUCACCGCCACCCUGGAGGCGCUGUGCGGUAUCGCCGAGGCCACGCAGAUCGACAACGUGGCGGCGCUCUUCUCCUUUCUCAUGGAAUUCCUGUCCAGCUGCAUCGGCCUUAUGGAGGUAUACCGCAACACACCAGAGACAAUCAACCUCAUCAUCGAGGUGUUUGUGGAGGUCGCUCACAAACAGAUCUGUUACCUCGGAGAGGUUAAGUCGAUGAGGCUCUACGAGGCGUGCCUGACGCUGCUGCAGGUGUACUCCAAGAACAACAUGGGCCGGCGGCGGGGGGAGAGCACUGCGGAGGAGGACCAGUACCAGGACCUGCUCCUCAUCAUGGAGCUGCUCACCAACCUGCUCUCCAAGGAGUUCAUCGACUUCAGCGACACAGACGAGGUGUUCCGGGGUCAGGACCAGGGCACGGGGACCACCACCCGACCGGUGUCGGCGGCCGACGUGGUCCUGUACGGAGUCAACAUCGUCCUCCCGCUCAUGUCUCAGGACCUGCUCAAGUUCCCCUCGCUGUGUAACCAGUACUACAAGCUGAUUACCUUCAUCUGUGAGAUCUUUCCAGAGAAGAUCCCUCAGCUCCCAGAGGAGCUCUUCAAGAGCCUCAUGUUCUCCUUGGAGCUAGGAAUGACCUCGAUGAGUUCAGAGGUCAGCCAACUGUGUCUGGAAGCCCUGUCCCCGCUGGCAGAGCAGUGUGCCAAGAACCAGGACAAGGAGUCCCCGCUCUUCAUAGCCACUCGCCACUUCCUCAAGCUGGUGUUUGACAUGCUGGUGCUACAGAAGCACAGCAUGGAGAUGACGGUGGCUGCCGGAGAAGCGCUUUACACGCUCGUCUGCCUCCACCAGGUGGAGUACUCUGAGCUGGUGGAGGCCCUGCUGGCGUCGCAGAGAGACGCCGUCAUCUACCAGCGCCUGGCCGACGCCUUCAACAAGCUGUCUGCCAGCAGCACCCCCCCAACCAUGGACCGCAAGCAGAAGGUGGCCUUCCUCAAGAGCCUUGAGGAGUUUGUGUCCAACGUCGGAGGUCUGCUCUGUGUCAAAUAACCUCUGGGGGACCCCCCCCCCCCCAACCCCAACCCCAACAUCAACCCCUCCACCUUAGCACCAGUCGCCCGAGCUUUGUGUUUGGACUUUCUGAGCGGGAAGCCAAGAGACUGGGAACUGCGUCUUCGGAGCAGGGACUCGAAUAACACACCCACACUACGGACACACACACACACACACACACACACACACACACACACACACACACACACACACACACACACACACACACACACACACACACACACACACACACACACACACACACACACACACACACACACACACACACACACACACACAGCUUAGACAUCAUUGAAAUUAUAGGGUUUUAGGUGGAAGGCCUGUGUUGACCCAACACCACCGUACUUGUCACGGACGUCCCAUAAUAUCCCUCACACACUCAGCCCUUCCCACAGUGCCUUUUGUUCUCUUGAUUGUCCUGUGCAUGUCUUCUUUCAGCAUGCACGCUGCUUGAAAACACAUUACCAUUGCGACCGUACCUGCCACGCACAGGUGCACACACACAAACACAAACAGUCAGUUGCAUUCAGCCCGAUGGGGGCAGGAAUUAUUAUUCAAAUGAGCGGGUUGCUCAUAACGGUGUCGAAAACCAAAUCAGAAUUGCAUUAAUGAACGGAUGUAUAUAUGUUUUCAAAAAAGGAAAACAAGUUAUGUUACGUCUCCAAACCUGACUGAAAAGUUUUUCUUUUUUUAAUAUGCUGAAAUAUGGCAGGAGAUUUUUAUUUUAAUGAGAAAUGUUGACUUAGUGCAUUGAUUUUCCUUUCCCCUGUUGGGGUUUAGUUUUAUUGUGUGCCCUCCCCUCCUCCCCUCCGUUUCACAGCAGGGCAGAACUCAGACAGUCUGUCUCCCUGGGACUAUAAAGUUUUGUGAAAACAAAUGGAAAGACGUGGGAAGGUUUCGUGGACAUUUUGUUUUAUUUUUCUACAUGAAGCCACUCUCCCCAUGGAGAGACACUGGAUCGAAGCGGCUUAAGGACAAUGGAGGGCGGCACAAAAUAACCAAAAACCAGCCAAAGUGGAGCGUUACAAGGAUUACAACGCCCACACCUUCCAUUUCAGAGCGCAAGCCCUGCCGUUGUAUAACGGCUGAAUAAUUUGUUCAUUAAGUGUAAAAGUGUACAUAAAGUUAUUGUAUAAAAUGU